AUGUACUAUAUUGAGCGCAAUUAUGUGUAUAAUAAAAAAAAUAUUAAUGGUGUGAAAUUCAAAAACAUAAAAUAUAGGUGGAUUAAUACUCGUAGUGGUAUAUUUGGCAACUCAUUGGCAUGGAUAUCUACCAAUAAUGUGGAUUUAUUAACCUGGUGGAAAGGUAAUUUUGGAGCCGUGACACCUGAAUUGACAAAAGUUGCGCCAAAGAUAAGUAAAGUUACAAAUGUAGGUGAAGAUAUUGAUGAUAGUAAUGAUGAUGGCAAUGUUGUUGAUAAUGUUGAUAAUAGUGAUAUUGACAGUGAUGAUGAAAAUGAAUUAUCUGUAAAUAUUUAA